AUGCCUAAUAUCAAGUUAUUUGCUGGUAAUUCUCAUCCUGACUUAGGGAAAAGGAUAUCGGAUCGAUUAGGAAUUAGUCUUGGCAGAGUUGUACUGAAAAAAUUUGCUAAUCAGGAGACAUGUGUUGAGAUCGGUGAGUCCGUUCGUGGUGAAGAUGUUUAUAUUUUGCAAAGCGGUUGUGGUGACAUUAACGAUAACCUGAUGGAAUUGCUAAUCAUGAUCAACGCAUGUAAAAUUGCUUCUGCCGAACGUGUCACUGCAGUUAUCCCUUGUUAUCCAUAUGCCCGCCAAGAUAAAAAGGAUAAGGUAAAAAGCCGAGCCCCAAUUUCUGCUAAACUAGUGGCUAAUAUGCUAUCUGUGGCUGGUGCAGACCAUAUUAUUACGAUGGACCUACAUGCUUCUCAGAUACAAGGCUUUUUUGAUAUCCCUGUUGAUAAUUUAUAUGCUGAACCCGCGGUCUUACAAUAUAUAGAAGAUAAUAUUCCAGACUGGCGUAAAGCCAUUAUCGUAUCUCCAGAUGCUGGUGGAGCUAAAAGGGUUACUGCUAUUGCUGAUCGCUUAAAUGUAGGAUUCGCCCUUAUUCACAAGGAGCGUCAAAAGGCUAACGAAGUUGCAAGAAUGGUUCUGGUUGGUGAUGUCAAGGACACGACUGCUAUUCUGGUAGAUGACAUGGCAGAUACUUGUGGAACUGUUUGCACAGCCGCUGAAAAAUUAAUAGAAGCUGGUGCUGCGCAGAUAUACGCCAUUAUGACGCAUGGUGUUCUUUCAGGUCCAGCUCUACAAAGACUUGAAAAUUCUCCGAUAGAGUCGGUUGUUGUUACCAACACUAUUCCGCAGGAAGACAAAAUGAAAAGUUGUUCAAAGAUAUCGGUUAUUGAUAUUUCUGCUAUCUUAGCAGAGGCCAUCCGUCGUACUCACAACGGUGAAUCUGUUUCGUACCUUUUCCGAAAUGUACCAUUAUAG